AGACUUCGUUUGAUUCAACACUCGGCAAAGCAGAGGAAGACACGGCAGACACCGCACCUUCAACCAAGGUAAAGGAUGGCUAUGACAGGCCAAAGCUCAUGCUCCACCAUGAGUAACCACACCAAGGAGCGGGUCACCAUGGCCAAAGUGACCCUGGAAAACUUCUACAGCAACCUCAUCACCCAACAUGAGGAAAGAGAGAUGAGGCAGCAGAAGCUGGAGAAAGUGAUGGAUCAGGAGGGUCUGGCAGAUGAAGAGAAACGUAUCCGUCGCUCUCAGCAUGCAAGGAAAGAGACAGAGUUUCUGCGUCUGAAACGCACGCGACUGGGCCUUGAGGACUUUGAGUCCCUGAAGGUGAUUGGACGAGGUGCUUUCGGAGAGGUUCGCCUAGUACAGAAGAAAGACACCGGUCAUGUUUACGCCAUGAAAAUUCUCCGUAAGGCUGACAUGUUGGAGAAGGAACAGGUGGGUCAUAUCCGUGCUGAACGAGACAUCCUAGUGGAAGCAGACAGCCUGUGGGUGGUGAAAAUGUUCUACAGUUUCCAGGAUAAGAUGAACCUGUACCUCAUCAUGGAGUUUCUGCCAGGAGGAGACAUGAUGACCCUCUUGAUGAAGAUGGACACUCUGACUGAGGAGGCCACUCAAUUCUACAUAGCAGAGACGGUGCUGGCCAUCGACUCUAUCCACCAGCUGGGCUUCAUCCACAGAGAUAUCAAACCAGACAACUUGCUGCUGGACUCCAGGGGUCACGUGAAGCUGUCUGACUUUGGGCUGUGCACCGGACUGAAGAGGGCUCACCGUACUGAGUUUUACAAGAAUCUGAACCACAGCCUGCCCAGUGACCUCAGUAAGCAAACCUUCCAGAACAUGAACUCCAAAAGGAAAGCAGAAACCUGGAAGAGGAACAGAAGGCAACUGGCCUUCUCCACAGUGGGAACCCCAGACUACAUUGCUCCUGAAGUCUUCAUGCAAAAUGGAUACAACAAGCUCUGCGACUGGUGGAGCCUGGGUGUCAUCAUGUAUGAGAUGCUCAUAGGCUAUCCUCCAUUCUGCUCAGAGACACCUCAGGAGACAUACAGGAAGGUGAUGAACUGGCGGGAGACACUCAUCUUUCCUCCAGAAGUGCCUAUAUCGGAGAAGGCCAAAGACCUCAUUCUUAGGUUCUGCUGUGAAGAGGAGCACAGAAUCGGUGCGGCCGGUGUGGAGGAAAUAAAGUCCAACCCCUUCUUUGAGGGGGUCGACUAUGACCAUAUCAGAGAGAGACCUGCUGCCAUCCCCAUAGAGAUCAAAAGCAUCGAUGACACAUCACACUUUGAUGAAUUCCCUGAUUCAGACAUUCUUCAGCCAACAGUCACCACAGUAUCCAACCAGACUGAGGCCGACCUGAAGAACAAGGAUUGGGUCUUCAUCAACUACACUUACAAACGUUUUGAAGGCCUGACAGCUCGAGGUGCUAUCCCGUCCUACAUGAAGUCAGGAAAGAGAUGAAUACCCUCCGUCUGGCUUCAGCAAACUACCAUGCCACCGCUAACUUCUGAAUGAAUAGUUGUUCAAAACUGGUUUGUCUGGUGAACUUCAGCCCUCUACUCUGUAAGCUGAGCAGGAGGCUUUUUUUUCUUUUCACAGUGGAAAUAAUAAAGGGCCCCCCUCCCUACACCCUUCAUCAAUCGCUUUCCCGCAGCCUUCACUUGAUCUGACGCAUUGAGGGUACCUUUCUGCUUCCUGCUAUUGCAUCACUCAAACUGGAUUGUUGUGAUUUGGUCCACGGGCCUUUUCCACCAGUGGACUCACAGUGGGAAUCUCCAGAUACCAGCAUCCCUUUACAUUUCUUGUCUGUAAAACCAGCAUCAGACUGUUGGACCAACCAAGGGCCCUUUUCAGGACUGUCCCUUUUGCAGUUGAGCUGAAACAUUUAGCUGUCACAUGAAGUGAAAUCAGGUGCUCAUCAGGGAUUCUCUCAUUCUGUUGUUGCUCACUAAUAAAGCUUCUCUAAAGUACUGCUGCUGCUACUCAAGGCCCGUAACCAAAGACCGUUGGCUGAGUAAAUCAGGUCAUGUUUCUGUUUGAACUCUGUCAAUGCCACUAGUUGAAACUUCAGUUGUGUAUGAGAAAUAUGAGAAUGAUGGAUGGACCAGAACAGUUAUUACAUUUUUGUACAUUUUUAGGCCACAUAGUGCACCUUAUUUGAUAUUUGAUGCAACUCCAGUGCAGCUCACGUGUAGGUGUGUUUAGAUUGGAGAUUUUUAUUAGACUGGAUAAGUACACCAGUGUGGGUUGAAUUGUUUGAAAUGGUAAUCUGAAAACUGCAUCUUAAUGCCACAAACACAGGCAGGAAAAGUGUCAGAAACCGCAUUUAAAUUCAGAACACAAUUCCAUUUCCAUUGCAGGCUGUAAUGUGUGUGAUCAUCAGAGCUCAUUACUACAGUGCAUGUGAACGUAUGGGCUAACCUGUAGAACCUUCUUGUGUGCAUGUAAAUGUUUAUGAACAGAGAUGGGGAAUAACAAGUUCAAAUACUUCAAUACUGUACUUCAGAAGGCUUAUCUGCACUUUGUGUAUGUGUUUUUUUUUUCACUUUUACUACCUACAUUUUAAACUCGUAUAUCUGUACUUCUACUCCAAAUUCUAAUAAUUAGUUUUAAUGCAUUUAUAUAUAAUUAUCUGGGGUUUUUUUGCAUCAUUGUGCAACUUGAUGCCAUCCAGGCUGUCACUGACAUUCCUAAUACAUGUUGAAGUGACAAUCACCUUGUGUAUUCACUGGUAAAUGUUUUACAUGUCAAACAACAUGUAAACAUAAGACUAACCAGACAGUAAACAGAGACUGGAUAGAGAAAAAGUACCAUAAUGGUUGAAUCUUUAUGAUACCUGUUGUGUUGCUGAUAUUGAAAACUAAUUUGCACACUAAAGUAAAGUUGAUGUUUAAAUUA